CUGAGCCUGGCCCGGGAGGUGAGGGGGGCUGGCGGCGGCGGCGAUGGUGAUGGUGCGGGGCAUGGCCGGGCUUGUCAGGGGCGAGGUGGCCGCCACCGCCGGAGCAGCGUUUGCCUGGAGAGCGAUUGAUGGACUGGAGGAGAAGCUGGCAUGUUGCAGACAGAGCAUGGAGGAGGUGGAUCUUAAACUGCGCAGGGAGAAGCUCAGCCCUGAAGGAAGAAAGUCACUGGAGAGAGAGAGAAACUUACUAAUGACCAAAGCUGACAAGUAUGAGAAAGAACUGAGUGUGCUUCAUAAGGAAAAUCGCAAGAAUGCUGCCCUUGCUGUGGCCAUGGGGUUGCUGAUUGCUCUUAUUUACACCUGCUGGAUGAUGUGAUUGCAUUCAAGAGUUCUCCCUGCUGACCAAAUGACUGUCCUGCAAGGAGCUCUUUCUCCCCUCACCACUGUGCCUCCUCCAAGGGUGAGAAUCAACAUUUCAAAUGGCUGUUCUUGUGUAUCCUCUCCAAGCCUCAUUGUAGGGAAGCUUUUUCUCUGAGAACUGAGGGGGAUGGGAGACAAACCAGAAAUCACAGCUCAUUUGUGGUUGGAAGUCAGGUCAAGCAGAGCUCAAGGUGGUGCUGUCUCACCCAAAACACAGUCAAGGCCAUCAAGCCUGAUGCAGGAAGGCAAUACAUCCUUGCUUCUGAAGAGGACCUCUGUGGUUGCAGACAAGUGCUCUCUGCUCAGCCCAGUUGGAAUACAUGGCACCUUCUUGGUUCCUGUGACUCAGCCAUAAGCUGAAGGGACACCAAGCUCCUUGAAUCAAAGGGUAACUUGGGUAUUGUGACCUAAAGGCUCCACCUGUUCCCAGAAGUGAGAUAAAGAUGUUUCCUCCUCCAUGCUGACUUACAGGACCAAAGGAAUCCUACCUGCACAAAAACAGGAGGAACGUAUCUUUCUGCACGCAGGUUGCAUCCAACUUCAGAUCUGGGUGCUUGAGCUUUGAGAAGGUCUACCUACCCCUCCCAUGCAUCAGAGCUUAGUAGCCAUUUUGCACCUCUGAGAAUCAACACUUGAGAAUUUACUAUCAACUCCCAGGGAUGGAAGUGCCUCUGCAGGGCUUAAAUAAAAUAAUUUGACCUUUUAA